UCUUCUUUUUCUUCUGCCCACAGUUACGCAACGCUUUCCUUCUCCACCCAACUUUACUUCUCUCUGAGCAAAUAAAAAAUCCAACUGUGAGUUCCUUUUUUAUCUUUUUGGGCUAAUCUUUUUUUCUUUUCAAUGAAGUGCUAAUCAGUAUUAUGAACAUAGAAAAUUAUAAAAGAAAAAAGAUGCCAUAAAAGAUUCAACAUGAAAUGAAGAUCUAGGAAUGCUACUGGGAGAAAAUGAUCAGUCUCCGGAAGUUGAACUUGGGUUUAACAGCCUGGCCUUGUUCCUUGCUUCGGAUUUUUCCUGUUAAUGGGGCUUCGAUAGUUUUCAGACAAGCAAUUCAGUCUGGUUGGAGUAAUGAGAUUGUCAAUCGGUCAGUUGGCUUCUUUUGGGGCAACAUUGGGAUUCAGAGUAGAGUUGACCGCACUGCGUUUGCUCAGACUGCUCCUUUUUCUACCAUUGCUGGGACAAUCCUUGUCCAGGCUCAAGACAUUGGUAAAAUGUCCGAGGAGUUAGAAAAUGUGAUUGAUGAAAAUAAAUUGGACGAUGCAUGGGCUUUGUAUGUGCGACACAUACAAAUGGCAGGGUUUCCUAGAAAAACUAUUGUUAAUAAACUUGUAGCAGCUUUUGCUGAAAGCUCAGAUCUUGGACGGCUGGAGAGCGCUUAUGGCAUGAUUGAACAGGCAUUUGAGGAGAGCAAGCAUGACUUGCUUGAGAGAAAUACUCUUAUAUAUCUCUCUUUAGCUUUUGCCAAAUGUGGAUCACCUAUUCCCGCAUCUACUCUUGUAAGGAAGCUUGUGGAAACAGAGAGGUAUCCACCUGUGAGUGCUUGGUCUGCAAUCCUUGCUUAUAUGUCACAAACCUCUACUGGAGCAUACCUUGCUGUUGAAUUGGUUCUUGAAAUAGGUUACUUGUUCCAGGAUGGAAGAGUUGAUCCCCGUAAAAAGAGCAAUGAAUCUCUGCUUUCCAUGAAGCCUAAUGCUACAUGUUUUAACAUUGCUUUAGUGGGAUGUCUUCUGUUUGGAACUACUAGAAAAGCAGAGCAGCUCCUUGACAUGAUGCCUCGAAUCAACUUGAAAGCUGAUGCUACUUUACUAAUCAUAAUGGCUCAUAUUUAUGAGAAGAAUGGUCGAAGGGAGGAGUUCAAUAAGCUUAAGAGAGACAUGGAAGAGGCCCCUAAUGUGACGGAGAUGCAAUUUCGUCAGUUCUAUAAUUGUUUGCUUUCAUGCUAUCUGAAAUUUGGAGAUCUUGAAUCUACAUCCCACAUGGUUCUAGAAAUGCUUCGCAAGGCAGAGAAAGCUAAAAAUUCUCUUGGUACAGCUAGUUUGCUCCUAGAAGCUUCUAGAAGUGGCGAUACAUUGCGUUCAAAUGUUCUCACCGAGGAUGCACAUCAUCGAAAGCCAGAUGGAUCAGAAAAUUGGGUAUCAUACGAAGACCUCUGUAGGGACAGAAAGUUUUCAGAACUGCAGACCAUUGCUAAAAACUUACUUGAUGUCUUGGUAAUAAAGUUGCAGAAACAAAUUGAAUUUAUUACAACUGAACAUGGUAUUCUCCAGCCUACUGAGAAAUUAUAUGUUAAAUUGGUAAAGGCUUUCUUAGAAGUUGGAAGAACAAAAGAUCUUGCGGAAUUUCUAAUUAAAGCAGCGAAAGAAGAUUCUCCAGUUUCAGUUGAUGAUUCUGCCUUGGUUCAUGUGAUAAACUCUUGUAUUUCACUCGGAUGGUUAGAUCAGGCACAUGACCUUCUGGAUGAAAUGCGAUUGGCUGGUGUUAGAACAGGUUCUUCUGUUUAUACAUCUCUUUUGAAAGCAUACUGUAAAGAGAAUCGAGCAGGGGAAGUUGCAUCACUGCUUAGAGAUGCUCGUAGAGCUGGGAUUCAGAUAGAUGCAAGCUGUUAUGAAGUAUUGAUCCAGUCCAAGGUGAUACAGAAGGACUCUCAAGGGGCCCUUCACCUGUUCAAGGAGAUGAAAGAGGCCAAGAUACCAAGAGCUGGUCAUCAAGAAUUUGAGAAAUUGGUGAAAGGGUCUGCAGAAGGAGGUGAAGCUAGUUUAAUGGUGACACUUUUGCAUGAAAUCAAGGAAGGGAAAAAAGUAGAUUAUGGAGUUCAUGAUUGGAAUAAUGUAAUUCACUUUUUCUGCAAAAAGAGGUUGAUGCAAGAUGCUGAAAAGGCUUUUAAGAAGAUGAGGAGUUUGGGCCAUGCUCCAAAUGCACAAACAUUUCAUUCUCUGGUCACAGGUUAUGCCACCAUUGGUGGAAAAUAUGUCGAGGUGACGGAACUAUGGGGUGAAAUGAAGUCUAUUGCUUUUUCUUAUGGAAUGAAGUUUGAUCAGGAACUGUUAGAUGCUGUACUUUAUACAUUUGUUAGAGGUGGUUUUUUUGUUCGAGCAAAUGAAGUUGUAGAGAUGAUGGAGAAAGGUAAUAUGUUUAUUGACAAGUACAAAUAUCGCGCCCUCUUCUUAAAAUACCACAAAACACUCUACAAGGGGAAGUCUCCAAAAUUUCAGUCAGAAUCCCAGAUGAAAAAGAGAGAGGCAGCGUUGAACUUUAAGAGAUGGGCUGGGUUAUGUUGAAGAUUUAUCGUCUAUAGCCUCAAGUACAUUACCCUUCAAUAUUGGAACUUGUUACUCUGAUAGUUCUUAAAUGGGCUGACAGCAAAAUGACUGGAUCUCCAUGGUGAUCCCAAUUUUCCGACCCAUCACUUGAUGCUAGCAGAUCAAGACAUCUCUGUGGAUUUCAUUCUUAUUAAUUUCUGAUCAUUCAGUUUCUUAUCAUCAUAACUGCCUUGCAAAAUAAGUCUUAUCGGUGAGAUGCAUCAUGCUUUCUAUGUGCGUGCUUUUAAGGAAAACGUAUUAGUGAUGGCUGAUUUUGAAGAUCAGUCUCCAUUGCUUAUAAUACUGCUUUGUUCCUCAACAUGGUGUCAAUUAUGAGUAAAGUCGUGCCUAAAGUUCAUCUGUUUAUUUUGUGGUCUGGAUUGAUUUUGACCUGACGUUCAGAGUGAAGCAUUUAUUUUUCUUUACAAUAAGAAAUUGAUCCAUUUAAUGCAUGGAUGCAUUAAUCUUC